AUGACAGACGCUACGGAACCUUCUUCGGCACCGGCUGCGCUCAUAGCGCCUGUUCUCUUCAAGGCGCGUGGCCGGGGAAAGGCCAAGGCCAACAUGCGCAAGCGGUCGCCGACGCCACCUCCAGCACGACCAGCAGACAGCGACAGCGACAGCGACAGCGAUUCGGACGGGGGUCUACGCGGCAUCAAGCGGCGGAAGCGAACCGGCGGUGCGGGCAUGAUCAGCGCCUUCACCGAGCCAACAGGCGCGACCGCGACGUCCUCGUCGACGGGACUGGAGGAGCCACUGCACAUCACCGACCGGAGCGCUCUGCUGUCCAACUCGGACGCGGCGACGAAGCAGAGCCACUGGUUCGACGACACCGACAGCAAGUCUGGUAAGGCCGGCAAAUCUGGAAAGACAAAGAUGCCGGCACCAACAGCCACGCCGGCAUCAGCACCGGCUGCCCGAUCGGUCGGGCCCGUCAAGUCAGCGGCCAACAUCCGCACUAUCACCAUCACAGACUUCGCCCCAGACGUCUGUAAGGACUAUAAACUGACGGGGUUCUGCGGCUUUGGCGACAACUGCAAGUUUCUGCACGCACGGGAAGACUACAAGCAGGGGUGGCAGCUCGACAACGAGUGGGAGGCGGUGACCAAGGGCAAGAAGCAUCUGGGCGGCACGGUGGUGGCCAGUGCAGACCGCAGCAAGAAUGCGGGCGCAGGCGCUGCCGCCGACGAUGACGGCGAUGACGAGGAGGCGAUGCUGCGCGACAUUCCGUUUGCGUGCAUCAUCUGCCGGUCGAGCUACAAACAGCCGGUGGUGACGCGCUGCGGACACUACUUUUGCGAGCGCUGCGCGCUGACGCGAUACCGGCGCGACCCGACCUGUGCGGCAUGCGGAUCGGCAACGACGGGUGUCUUCAACAAUGCCAAGCGACUGAGCAAGCUGCUGGAGCGCAAGCGGGAGCGGGCGGCACAGCGGCGGCAGGCAGCCAUCGACGCCGGCGAGGAGCUCAGCAGUGAGGAGGAGGAGGAGGCCGGAGAGGAGGCCGACUAG